UCUUCCUGCCAUUGCCAAAAUACUAGCAUUAAUGGAUUUAUCCACACUUCAUCCAUGGUUUUUUGCAUAUGUUUUGCUUUUCCUUUCAAUCCUAUAUUUCCUUCUCCUUUCGAAGAAAAAGGGAAAAGUAUACAAUUUUCCUCCAAGCCCUCCAAGGCUUCCUGUAAUUGGAAACCUCCAUCAAUUUGGUAAGAUCCCUCAUUAUUCCCUGUGGAAGCUAUCCCACAACUAUGGCCCUAUCAUGCUGUUGGAACUAGGCCAAGUCCCGACCCUGGUCGUCUCAUCCCCGGAACUGGCGAAAGAGGUGUUGAGAACCUAUGAUGUUGAUUGUUGCACUAGGCCAAUGUCCCGGGGGCAAAAGAAGAUUUCCUACAAUUUCUUGGAUUUGGCAUUUUGCCCUUAUGGCGAGUACUGGAGAGAGAUGCGAAAAUUGUGUGUUAUGGAGCUGUUUUCUUCAAAGAGAGUCCAAUCUUAUUGGAAAAUUAGAGAAGAAGAGGUUAAGCACUUGAUUGGCACAAUAAUGAAGGGUGCACCUAAUCCAGUUCAAAUGGAUGACGCCAUGUUUAAUCUUACAAACAGUGUAAUUUGUAGGAUUGCAUUUGGUGCUAGCCAUAAAGCUAAUCAGUUUGAGAAUGGUCAAAUCAAAGAAAUAGUUGCUGAUUCCAUGUUUUUGCUCAGUAGUUUCUUAGCAUCAGAUUUAUUCCCAUCAUCAGUCGGUUGGAUCAUCGAUUUGAUUACCGGGCUCCAUUCGAAACAUGAGAGAUGCUUUCGUAAUUUCGAUGCGUUUUUCCAAAAGGUACUCGAUGAACAUCUCGAUCCGUCAAGGCCAAGACCUGAGAAUGAUGAUAUAAUUGAUGUUAUGCUCGGAUUAGCCCAGGAUCGUACAACUGUUCUCAAGCUAAAUAAAGAUCAUAUUAAGGCAAUUCUUGUGGACAUAUUUCUUGGAGCGGUGGACUCUAGUUCAUGUACAUCAGUAUGGCUGAUGGCCGAGCUUGCUCGCAACCCCCGAGUGAUGAAAAAGGUACAAGAAGAAAUCAGGAAUUGCAUGGGUAGAAAACCCUUUGUUGAAGAAACAGAACUUGAAAAGCUCAAAUACUUCAAACUGGUAGUGAAAGAGACACUACGAUUGCAUCCUGCAGCUUCAAUGCUGGUACCCCAUGAGACCAUAAGGCAAUGCAAAAUCGGUGGCUACGACGUUUUACCAAAAACUAGGAUUUUUGUCAAUGUUUGGGCUAUUGGGAGGGACCCAAAAAUAUGGGAAAACCCUCAAGAUUUCUAUCCAGAGAGAUUUGAGGGCAAAGACUACUAUGAUUUCAAAGGCCAGAAUUUUGAUUACUUGCCUUUCGGCUCCGGUCGAAGGAGUUGUCCAGGCAUGACAAUGGGCUUAACUUCUGUGAUGUUUAAUAUUGCAAAUUUACUGCAUUGCUUUGAUUGGGAACUGCCAAAUGGGAUGAAGCCUGAGGAGAUAAACAUGGAAGAAGAGUUUGGACUCAUCACUCGCAAAAAGGUUCCCCUUUAUUUGGUGCCUGUCAAGUACAAUUGGGAGGGCAAAAAAACUUGAUCAUGUAAAAGUCUAUCUAUAGUCUCCUUUAUCUGGUGUUGUUUGUAUUCCUAUAAUUCAGACUUGGUUGAAUCAUACUGGUUCAAAGUAGUAAUUUGCA